AUGGCUACUACUAAGAUAUUCAAGCCCGCCACACAUGAGGUUGGGGCCUCCGAUCCCAUUCUCACUCGCAUCGUCCAGGAAGACAAAGUGCCUUGGUAUCGCAAACGGAACUUGCGAUAUCUCUACUUCAUGCUCUUUCCGACAUGCAUGGGGAUUGAGUUGACAUCUGGCUUCGAUUCGCAGAUGAUCAAUGCCCUACAGAUUGUCCCAUCUUGGAUUGAGUACUUUGGUAACCCGGAAGGCUCUUUGAAAGGUAUCAUUGCCGCGGCAUAUUCGCUUGGAGCCAUCUGCUCUCUCCCUUUUAUUCCCAUUGUCAACGAGAAACUCGGCAGAAGAGGGUCAAUCUUUCUCGGUUCGCUGAUCAUGGUUGUCGGCGCCAUCGUCCAAGGAUUUGCGCGAAAUGUUGGAAUGUACAUCGCCGCACGUCUCAUUCUGGGUUUCGGCAUACCGACUUGCAUCGUCUCUGGCUCUGCGCUGAUCGGUGAACUCGGGUAUCCCAAGGAACGCCCCGUUUUGACGUCUCUGUUCAACGUAUCCUAUUUCAUCGGUCAAAUCGCUGCCGCUGGCAUCACUUUCGGAACGAAUAGCAUCGCAAGCAAUUGGGCCUGGCGGAUCCCAUCUCUUCUGCAAAUGGUUCCGUCAAUGUUGCAAAUUUGCUUCGUCUACUUUUUGCCCGAGAGUCCCCGUUGGUUGAUCACCAAAGACCGCACUGAGGAAGCUUACGAUAUCCUUGUAAAAUACCACGCCGAAGGUGACCGGGACUCUGAAUUCGUGCGAGCUGAAAUGGCUCAGAUGCAAACCACCAUCCGUCUGGAGCUGGAAGCAUCGAGGAAAUCUUGGUUGUCUGUCAUCCAUUCUCCGGGCAUGCGUCGACGUGUCUUCAUCUCGUCUUUCCUAGGGCUCUUCACCCAAUGGUCGGGCAACACCUUGAUCUCGUACUAUCUCGGCGACCUGCUGGCCAUGAUCGGCCACACCGACAGUAUCUUUAAACAGAAAAUCAAUCUCGGCAACUCAUGUUGGUCCCUCGUUUGUGCGUUCACGGCCGCAAUGUUGGUUACUCGCUUUAAACGCCGAACCAUGUAUCUCGCCUGCACAUGCAGCUUACUCGUCGUCUACAUCUGCUGGACUGUAACGAUGCAGCAAUCCAUUGCCGCUGUUGAAGCCGAUCGGACAAACACCGCGGCGGGCACCGCCACGAUCUUCUUCAUCUUCCUCUAUGCGCCUUGCUACAAUAUCGGCUACAACGCUCUAACAUACACUUAUCUCGUGGAGCUCUGGCCGUAUGCGGAACGAUCUCGCGGCAUCGCCGUUUUCCAGCUAUUCGGCAGGAUGGCCGGGUUUUUCACCACGUUUGUGAACCCCAUCGGCCUGAAGAACAUCAGCUGGAAAUGGCUGAUCACGUAUUGCUGCUGGCUGGCCUUUGAGAUCUGCUUCGUGUGGUUCUUCUUCCCUGAGACGGCAGGGAGGACACUGGAGGAGUUGGCCUUUUUGUUCGAGGACAAAGCUCUCGCCGACAAAGCCGUCGUGGCCGUCGAAAAGGUCGUGCAUCACGAAGAUAUGGAUCCCGUGGCGAUGGACGUGAAGCGCUCUGAAAUUGGGCACGCGGAGGUCAUAGAGGCGAUUGAGGAGAAGCUGGGUAAGGUGUAG